AUGUCGUUCUCCAGCUUGGUACAGGACCUCUCCAUCCGCGAGGGUGGCAACGCCCCGCGCCGCUCGCGGCCUGUCCCCUCGGUCUCGACCAUCGACGACCGAGCGUCGCACAUUUCCAGAAACACCUACGCCAGCACUGCUGCCACCAGCGUGAGCAUCGCCGGCGACAUCUCCAGCCAGCUCCAUGGCGGCUAUCACCACCCUCUGGCUCGCGCCUGGCAGGCCGAGCGACAGCUAACCAAGUCAAUGCUCAUCUACCCCCUGUUUAUAUCGGACGACGAGAACGACGAGACACUUAUCCCGUCCCUGCCCGGCCAGUACCGCCGAGGUCUCAACAAGCUGGUGCCCUUCCUCGAGCCCCUGGUUCACAAGGGAUUGCGAUCCGUGAUUCUGUUCGGCGUACCUCUGAAACCAGGCUCCAAGGAUGCGCUUGGAACGUCGGCCGACGACCCCAAGGGUCCUGUCAUUCAGGCCAUCCGCCUGUUGAAGCAGCGAUUCCCCCAGCUCUUCAUUACGGUCGAUGUCUGUCUGUGCGAGUACACCUCUCACGGCCACUGCGGCAUUCUACGGGACGACGGCACACUUAACAACCAGCUUUCGGUCGAUCGCAUCUCUGAUGUCUCUGUCGCCUACGCUCUGGCCGGCGCCCACUGCGUCGCGCCCUCCGACAUGAACGACGGCCGCAUCCGCGCUAUCAAGCUCAAGCUCAUCGAGGAGGGAAUUGCCCACAAGACUUUGCUCAUGUCCUACGCUGCAAAGUUCUCGGGCUGUCUCUAUGGUCCAUUCCGUGACGCGGCUGGCUCUGCGCCCUCGUUCGGGGACCGCAAGUGCUACCAAUUGCCUCCCGGUGGCCGUGGCCUCGCCAGGCGCGCCAUUGUGCGUGAUAUUGGCGAGGGUGCCGACAUCAUCAUGGUCAAGCCCGCCAGUCAGUACCUAGACAUCAUCAGUGACGCAAAGGAGCUCGGGAAGGAUCUUCCCGUUGCAGCCUACCACGUCAGUGGGGAGUAUGCUAUGGUUCACGCGGCGGCCAAGGCUGGUGUUUUUGACCUGAAGACCAUGGCUUUCGAGGUGACUGAGGGCAUCCUGCGAGCCGGUGCCACAAUUGUCAUCAGCUACUUCACUCCCGAGUUUCUUGACUGGCUGGACAACUAG